GGCUCUCCAGGCAGGAGAGGAGGAGAGAGAGUCUUCAGGAUCUCAGGCAGAAUGUCUCAGGAGAAUGACACGUGGAAGAAAGAGAUCCUGGGGGAUGAGAUCGCUGCCAUAAGACUGCAGAAGCUGGAACAGCAGCGGCGGCUGUUUGAGAAGAAGCAGCGACGGAAGCGCCAAGAGCCCCUCAUGGUUCAGGCCAAUCCUGACGCUCCCUUUCGGUCCCGCCGACCGCGGCAGCGGGAGGAGUGCCUUGCGAGUGACAGGGGCUUGGGGAACGCUUUCCUCUGGGAGAACAUGCCAAAGGCACAUCUGCGCUCUGGUGUUUCCAGUGUCCUGGGCACUGUGAGCUGUGGUGGAGAUAGUAGUGGUGAGAGUUGCCCCUUGGUGUCGCUGAUUGAAGCAGACAGUUCUGAUUCAGAGUUGGAAGAAGUGUCUAUGGAGGACGUUUCUGUAUCUCCGCUUCCUGUUAAAGAGCUUCCAGGAACAAGACGCAGGGGUUGGCCACCCUGCGAACGACUUGGGUCCAGUGCAGAGGACAAGAGCAAAUCCCAGGAUCUUGAAGAUAUAUACGAGUUGUGUAGUCUGGCACCAAACCCUGGAACAAAUAGUGACUGGGGACGUGGAGAUUCGGCCUACAAACAGGGCGAAGACUUGGAAGACAACAAAGAGGAGUCGGAGUCUACAGUGAGGAGCUACCCAGGGGCGGCCUAUGAGGAAGUGUCCGAGGCCCUGGAAGGCAAGGGCGGCGCGGGCAGCAGCCAUGUGGGAAGCGCGCCCCACUCUUCUCUCCGCACCUCAGGCCCUUGGCUGGGCGAAGACUUGGAAGCAUAUGUGCUGCGGCCAGCCAUACAGGACCGUAUGGUGCAGUGUUGCAUCAGUCGCGACAAGCGAGGUGUAGAUAAGGGCAUGUUCCCUUUCUACUAUCUCUACCUGGAGGUGGCCGAGGACCAGAAGCACUUCCUUCUCGCUGCGCGAAAGAGAAAGAUGAGCAAAACUUCUAAUUACCUCAUCUCCCUGGACCCCACAGACCUGUCUCGGAAUGGGAACAACUUUAUGGGCAAAGUCAGAUCUAAUGCCUUGGGCACCAAGUUCACCAUCUUUGACAAUGGCGUGAAUCCCGAAAGGAAGAAUUAUGUCCCGGAGUCAGCUCGGCUCAGGGAAGAGCUGGGCGCUGUGUGUUAUGAGACCAACGUCUUGGGAAUCCGAGGGCCCCGGAAAAUGACUGUGAUCAUUCCAGGAAUCGAUGCCCAGAACCGGAGAAUCAGCAUCCAGCCACAAAAUGAACAGGAGUCUCUACUGAGUCGCCUCCAAAAUGGGGCCUUCCAGGGCUUGCUCCUGCUGCAAAACAAAGCCCCAUUGUGGAGCUACAAGAGCGGCGCCUACGUGCUCAAUUUUCGUGGUCGAGUCACUCGGGCCUCGGUCAAGAACUUCCAGAUUGUGCAUCCGUAUAACCCGGACUACCUGGUGCUCCAGUUCGGCCGCGUUGCCCCAGACAUGUUCACCAUGGACUUCCGCUUCCCGCUUUGCCCUCUCCAAGCCUUCGCCAUCUGCUUGUCCAGUUUCGAUGGGAAACUGGCAUGUGAGUAA